AUGGAGACAAUUGAUAUUGCACGUCUGAAAUCUGGCGAGGUCAACCUCGGCACCUCGAUCAUGGCUGUCCAAUUCAAGGAUGGCGUUGUCGUCGGCGCAGACUCUCGCACAACCACGGGCAGCUACAUUGCGAAUCGCGUGACAGACAAACUCACCCAUGUACACGACCGCAUCUACUGCUGUCGGUCAGGUUCCGCGGCGGACACCCAAGCCAUUGCAGACCUUGUGCACUACUACCUCCAACUCAACACACAAAUGAGCGGCUCGCCCCCACCCGUACACACCGCCGCGACCAUCUUCCAGAAGUUCUGCUACGAUAACAAGGACGCGCUCUCUGCGGGCAUUAUCGUCGCGGGUUGGGAUAAGGAAGUUGGCCCCAGUGUAUACAACAUCCCUCUCGGCGGCGGUCUCUUCAAGCAGCCAUGGGCAAUCGGCGGGUCGGGUUCGACGUAUGUGUACGGUUACUGCGAUGCGACAUACAGGGAUGGCAUGAACCGUGACGAGACGGUCGAGUUCGUUAAGAAUACGCUCGCACUGGCAAUGUCCCGGGACGGCUCCUCAGGAGGUGUCAUCCGCAUGUGUGUGAUCACAGAGGACAAGGUCGAGCGGUUGUUCGUCCCUGGAGACCAGCUUCCCAAGUUUUGGCAAGGGAGGGAGGUUCUGGGC